AUGAUUUCAACAAUCGGCACAACAACAAUUCAAACAACAGCACCAAACUCGUUAGUCAUGAAUCCAACAUCUAUGUUAGUAGAGAUGAAAAGCUUCAUUCCUUCUUCAUAUACUUUUGAAACAGAAAUCCAGAAGAUAAAGCAAGAACUUUUAACAAGUAAUUUAGACUGUAGUGCGAAAGAUGAAACAAAUGAACAGUAUCUUUAUGAAAUGGAGGACCUCAUCGACCAUUUACCCAAAUUGCCUGAAAUCCAACAACAAAAACUAACUAUUCCUGAAUUCGACGAAAUUGAAGUGAAACCAACUGACUCAGUAGAAAUAAAGAAGUUCAUACGAAAGGUAAACUAUGAGUUUCUAGGAUUUCAUUGCAACCAUAAGGUUAUGGACAAAGAUUGCGACAUGGUAUAUAAGAACAUCUCUGACAUAUAUAAAUCUGAAGAAUUUAAGACCUACGACAACUUUGUUUCGUUAGUUGCUGAAUGUGUAUGGCAGAUAAGAGAUAAAGAUAGAAGAGGCAAA